AUGGCGGGUGUCGCAAAAGAGGCCGUUGUGCCCAUCGAGGCCACUCUUCUGAGUCUAGCCAUCGUCUUCGUCUUUGCUCGUCUUUUUCUCCGACUUGUCCGACAGCGUCAAAAGCUCACUCUCAGCGAUUGGAUCCUGAUUGCGUCUCUAUGCGAUGCCAUUGCCUUGUUCACAACCGAUGCGAUGGCGUACAACCUGGGUGGCAUGGACGAGUACGACCCGAAAGCACCGGAGCCACCCGUGGCAGACCAAAUCAAGUUGAUGAAGGUUUCAUUCGCGGGCAACUACUUUUACGACACCGGCAUUUACAUCCCCAAGUUGGCCAUGUUGGCAUUCUACUUCAAGCUCAUCCCCAAGACGAUGCCGCUGCUGCGAAAGGCUCUCUACGGAGUCAGUGCCUUGACAUUGACAUUCGCUGUAACCACGUGCUUUUUGGAUACCUUCUGGUGCGGUCCAAAUGUGUCAGUCAACUGGGACCUCAAAGGCACUUGCAGCACCUUCGAUUCCAAGGACGUUUUUCGGAUUGAUUGGGUCUUGAACUUCAUAUCAGAUCUUCUAAUCUUUGCGAUCCCAUUUCCCCUUCUACACGGCCUUCAGCUUAGCAGGCGCUACAUCAUCGGUUUGAUCGCCACGUUCUCGACUGGUAUCAUCACAAUCGGAGCCAGCGUAGGCCGGUUUGCUACCGUGGAAUCCAUCAAAGCGUGGACCAAUGUUUACGUGCUGUCCAUGACUGAGGUAUCAGCCGCCAUUCUGGUGGUGUCCUUGCCCGCACUCAAAUCGCUCCUCCACCGUCGGGGGCUCAGCACAUCAAAGUACGGGACAGCCCAGUCAGGCUCUGCGGGUUUGGGAUACAGCAAGCAUCCAACGGCCAAUACCCACAUCAAGCUUUCAUCGGGAAGAGAUCCGUACAUGGCAACAACUCGCGUGGCCGCCGAAAACGAAUCUGGAAGUGAGGUGGAACUCAACACUCUCAAGCGAUCGGAUGUGAUAUACAAGUCGGAACGCGUUAGUGUAACCUAUCAGCGACGCGAGGAUGGAGAAGGAGAUGAAGCCAAGGCCGGACCCAGAUACUAG